AUGGGUCGCACCAUGCGUGAAGCCUCCCCUAUCGAAUUCCCUGAACUCGCUGAGUGGGGUCUAAAGGCAAGAAAUGUCGAAGGAGACGGCAACUGUCUCUUCCGAGCGCUGUCCGAUCAAUUGUACGGACACCAAGAUAUGCACAAGCGGAUACGUGCAAAGGUAAUCAGAUACAUGGAAGAAAAUCGGGAGGACUACAAGCCGUUCCACAAUGUGGAUGCGGAACGAGGUGCGAGACGCAAUGAACUGCGCAGCACUAGGAAAAAGGGCUCCACCACAAUGCCUUCACCGGCCGAGCUAGAGGAAUCAUGGUUGAACUACCUCGAGGACUUGCGCCAACUCGGAACGUGGGCGAGCCAACUGGAGGUCCGGGCAUUCGCCAAAACCUACGACAUGGACGUCAAAAUUCACCUAGACGGCACUACCCACGGCCACCACGACUGCUUCCAAGCCGAUGACGACCCAAAGGCCAAGCCACGAAGAAGGCUUCAUCUGGCAUUCAAAAAUCAGCAUUACCAAUCGGUCAGGAACAUACAAGGUCCUCACACUGGACCAGCUAAGACCUUGCCAUUUGGAGACCUGACCUACAGGGAACGUCUGGAAAGGUAUGAAUCUGAUGAAACUUCCUCGUCUGAGGACAACUCCGCCAAUCCAGGCACCUCGACAACCUUGCCCACGCCGCCAAGAACACCGGGCAUUGCACACAAUCCCCUCGCAUUUAUGGAGGGCUGGAGUGACUCGGAGGAUGAGACGGAAAAGAAGCCGGUUGCUAAAGGACCAGCUCUUAAUGCGGCUGCUGCUAAGAGGUCGACACCGCCGCCAUGCCAGAAUCCAGAACUUCAAGCUCUUUUCUCGGACUCGGAACCAGAGGAGGAGAAGAUAUCGGUGGUCAAGAAGCCGGUGAAGAAGGAGAAGAAGGAGGAGAAAGAGGAGAAGGAGGACCGUAAGCGGUCGGCUUCGCCCUCACCAAGCCCGACACCAAGUAGGAAGCGCCGCCACAGCGGUCUUUCCUUCUUGGGCUCCGAUUCAGAAUCCUCGGAUGAAGAGACUUGGGGAGGGGGAAUAAUCAGUGCCGCUAACAAAAGCAAGCGCACUAAGCUUCGCUGA